CUGAACAGUCCAAAGACUUUUAGUGUGCUCAUCAACAUGGAGUUAAGACGCACAUCUUCUCUUUGAGUCUCCGCUUUUAACAAGAGGUUUUCUUUAUCGCUUCAUGAAAACAGACGCCGAGUCCCGACUAGAGCGGAGACCGGCCGGAGCUUCAGCCCAGAUUGGAGGAAGGACGUACCGUCAUGGCAGCGUCGGAGCUGUACACAAAGUCUGCUCGGGUGUGGAUCCCUGACGCUGAGGAGGUGUGGAAAUCUGCCGAGCUGAUCAAGGACUACAAAAAUGGCGACGCCUCCCUGCAGCUCAUGCUGGAAGAUGGAACGAACAUUGACCACAAGCUGGACCCCAAGACAAAGAACCUGCCUCACCUACGAAACCCUGACAUCUUGGUGGGUGAGAAUGAUCUCACAGCCCUUAGCUACCUCCAUGAGCCAGCCGUGCUCCACAACCUCAAAGUCCGCUUCAUCGACUCUAAACUUAUCUACACCUACUGUGGAAUUGUUCUUGUGGCCAUCAACCCGUACGAGACGCUGCCAAUCUAUGGGACAGACAUCAUCAAUGCCUACAGUGGCCAGAACAUGGGAGACAUGGACCCACAUAUCUUUGCAGUGGCAGAGGAGGCUUAUAAACAGAUGGCAAGGGAUGAGAGAAACCAGUCAAUUAUUGUGAGCGGGGAGUCCGGAGCAGGAAAGACGGUAUCAGCCAAAUAUGCAAUGAGAUAUUUUGCUACAGUCAGUGGCUCUGCCAGCGACGCCAACGUAGAGGAAAAGGUUUUGGCCUCCAACCCCAUCAUGGAGGCCAUUGGAAAUGCUAAGACCACCAGAAAUGACAACAGCAGUCGUUUUGGAAAAUACAUCGAGAUCGGCUUUGACAAUCGAUAUCAUAUCAUUGGAGCCAAUAUGAGAACAUAUCUGCUGGAGAAAUCACGAGUGGUGUUCCAGGCGGACGAGGAGAGAAACUAUCACAUCUUCUAUCAGCUCUGUGCGUCAGCUAAACUGCCUGAGUUCAAGACUCUGAGGCUUACCAACGCAAAUGACUUCUUAUACACCAGGCAGGGUCGCAGUCCUGUUAUCGAUGGCGUGGAUGACUCCAAAGAGCUUUGCACAACUCGACACGCCUUCACACUGCUGGGUAUUAACGAGUCCAAUCAGAUGGGGCUGUUCCAGGUUUUGGCAGCUAUUCUUCAUCUGGGAAAUGUGGAGUUGAAAGAAAAAGAUUCAGACAGCAGCAUUAUUGCUUCUAACAAUCUCCACCUGACGAUGUUCUGCGAGCUGGUCGGUGUGACCUACAAGGAUAUGUCCCAGUGGCUGUGCCACAGGAAGCUGAAGACGGCAACGGAGACGUACAUCAAGCCCCUGUCUCGCCUUCAGGCCACCAACGCUCGAGACGCCUUGUCCAAACAUAUCUAUGCCAAGCUCUUCAACUGGAUUGUAGAGCAUGUGAAUAAGGCUCUGGUCACCAAUAUUAAACAGCACUCCUUUAUUGGCGUGCUCGACAUUUACGGGUUCGAAACAUUUGAAAUCAACAGCUUUGAACAGUUUUGUAUAAACUAUGCGAAUGAAAAACUCCAACAACAAUUCAACAUGCAUGUGUUCAAGCUGGAGCAGGAGGAGUACAUGAAGGAGCAGAUCCCCUGGACUCUGAUUGAUUUUUAUGACAAUCAGCCCUGCAUCAACCUCAUCGAGGCCAAGAUGGGCGUCCUGGAUCUGCUGGAUGAGGAGUGCAGGAUGCCAAAAGGUUCAGAUGAUUCAUGGGCUCAGAAAUUGUACAACACCCACCUAAAGACUUGUUCUCUCUUUGAGAAGCCGCGCAUGUCCAACCGCGCCUUCAUCAUACAACAUUUUGCAGACAAGGUCGAGUACCAGUGUGAGGGUUUCCUGGAGAAGAACAAGGACACGGUAAACGAAGAGCAAAUCAAUGUGCUGAAAGCCAGCAAGUUCAACCUGCUGAUGGAGCUGUUUCAAGACGAGGAGAAGGCGACCAGUCCCACAGGUCAGGUUCCCGGCACCGGAGGUCGAACCCGGCUCAGCAUCAAACCUGACAAGAACCGAGACACAAGCAGCAAGGAGCACAAGAAGACCGUCGGCUGUCAGUUUCGUAACUCUUUACAAAUGCUGAUGGAGACUCUGAAUGCGACCACUCCUCACUACGUGCGCUGCAUUAAACCCAACGACUUCAAGCUGGCCUUCUCGUUUGAUCCCAAGCGAGCAGUCCAACAGCUUCGAGCUUGUGGUGUUCUGGAAACCAUCCGCAUCUCUGCCGCAGGCUUCCCAUCCAGAUGGACGUACCAGGAGUUCUUCAGCCGUUACAGAGUGCUGAUGAAGCAGAAAGACGUGCUCCCCGACAAGAAGCUGACCUGCAAGCACGUUUUGGAGAGAUUAGUGGAAGACCAUGACAAAUAUCAGUUCGGUAAGAGCAAAAUCUUCUUCAGGGCUGGCCAGGUGGCUUACCUGGAGAAGCUGAGGGCAGACAAGCUGCGCGCUGCGUGUAUUCGCAUCCAGAAAACCAUCCGCUGCUGGCUCGCUCGCAAGAAGUAUCUGCGCAAACGCAGCGCCGCCAUCACCAUCCAGAGGUUUACCAGAGGCUACCAGGCCCGCUGCCUGGCUAAGUUCAUGCGCCGCACUCAGGCAGCCACCAUCAUCCAGAAGUACCAGAGGAUGUGUGUGGAGAAGAAACGCUACAGGCAAAAGCAGGCCGCUGCAUUGGUCAUGCAGACAAUUCUCAGAGCUUACAUGGCUCGGCAGCAAUACCAGGCGCUACUGCGGGAGCACAAGGCUGUCAUCAUUCAGAAGCACAUCCGUGGCUGGUUGGCCCGGUGCUGGUACAAGCGCUGCCUUGAGGCCAUCGUUUACCUGCAGUGCUGCAUCCGCAGGAUGAGAGCUAAGAGGGAGCUGAAGAAGCUGAAGAUCGAGGCUCGCUCAGUUGAGCACUUCAAGAAGCUCAACAAAGGAAUGGAGAACAAGAUCAUGCAGCUGCAGAGGAAGAUUGAUGAGCAGCACAAAGAGAACCGGUUGGUCAGCGAGAAGCUCGUCGGUCUGGAGAGUUCUUACGCUGUGGAGGGUGAGAAAAUGCGCAGCGAGCUGAGCCGGCUGCGCGGGGCAGAGGAAGACGCUCGAAAUAAAGCCAACCAGGUGUCGUCCUUGCUGGAGGAGCUGGAGAAACUGAGGAAGGAGCUGAGUGUCACCCAGCAGGAGAAGAAGACCAUCGAGGAGUGGGCACAAACGUACAGAAGCGAAAUGGAAAAAAUGGUGUCCGAGCUGAAGGACCAGAACGGUUUGCUGAAGAAAGAGAAGGACGACUUGAACAGGUUGAUUCAGGAGCAGAGUCAGCAGAUGACGGAGAAAAUGACUCGAGUGAUAGCAGAGGAGACUCGCCGGCUGGAGACAGAUCUGAAUGAGGAGCGCUCUCGUUAUCAGAAUCUGCUCACAGAACAUCUUCGGCUGGAGGAGAAGUACGACGACCUGAAGGAGGCUUACUCCUCGAACGUCUCCAAGCCUGGCCACAGGAGAACAGAUUCCACCCACAGCAGCAACGAGUCCGAGUACACAUUCAACUCGGAGUACACCGAAUCGGAAGAAGGUUCCCGCACCAGAGACGACGUGACGCGAGGGAUGGACACUUCGCUGACCCUCAAGCUGCAGAAACGUGUUACAGAGCUGGAGCAAGAGAAGCAGCUGCUGCGGGACGAGCUGGAGAACAAAGAGGACCAGUUCCAGCGGGCUAGAGCCAGGGAUGAUGCAGAGUUCAGGAAGGCUCGUGGAGCUGAGCUGGAGUACGAGUCCCUGAAGCGUCAGGAGCUCGAGUCGGAGAACAAGAAGCUGAGACACGACCUGACAGAGAUGAGGCGAAGUUUGCUCGGCGACACUGCUACAAGUGCCGGGGCCCCGGGCUCGCCAGCUUACAAGGUGCUUCUGGAUCAGCUGAACGCUUCCUGUGAGGAACUGGAGGUCCGCAAGGAGGAGGUGCUGAUCCUGCGUUCUCAGCUGGUCAGCCAGAAGGAAGCGAUGCAUCACAAGGAUGAGAAGGAGACCAUGACGGAGCCGUCUGUGUUUGCAAAAGAUGUGAACAAACUGAAAGAUGCCGAUGAGUUAAAGCAAGCUUACAUCGGCCUCAAGGACACCAGCAGGUUACUGGAGCACCAGCUUCAGACUCAGAGGAGAACAUAUGAGAAUGAGGUUGAGUCGUUGCGAGGUGAGCUGCAGAACCUUAAGGAGGAGAACAACCGGCAGCAGCAGCUACUGGCCCAAAACCUGCAGCUGCCUCCAGAGGCCCGGAUCGAGGCCAGUCUGCAGCACGAGAUCACCCGGCUCACCAACGAGAACCUGGAUCUGAUGGAGCAGCUGGAGAAGCAGGACAGGACCAUUCGGAAGCUGAAGAAGCAGCUGAAGGUGUUUUCCAAGAGGAUUGGAGAGAUGGGAGCGGGUCAAACAGAGGGCCAAACAUCCCCAGGACAGAUGGUGGAGGAGUCCAUCCACCCUGUGAACAUCCCCCGCAGGGAGAAGGACUUCCAAGGAAUGCUGGAGUACAAGAGGGAGGAUGAAAUGAAAUUGGUUAAGAACCUCAUCCUAGAGCUGAAGCCUCGCGGCGUAGCUGUUAAUCUGAUUCCAGGUCUUCCAGCCUACAUCCUGUUUAUGUGUUUGAGACACGCAGACUAUCUGAACGAUGACCAGAAGGUCCGCACGCUGCUCACAUCUACCAUCAACAGCAUUAAAAAGAUCCUGAAGAAACGAGGCGACGACUUUGAGACAGUCUCUUUCUGGCUGGCCAACACCUGCCGCUUCUUGCACUGUCUGAAACAAUACAGUGGAGACGAGGCUUUUAUGAAGCACAAUACAUCAAGACAGAAUGAACACUCUCUGUCCAACUUCGAUCUCGCUGAAUACAGACAAGUCAUCAGUGACUUGGCCAUUCAGAUCUACCAGCAGCUGAUCAAAUGCAUGGAGAACAUCCUGCAGCCCAUGAUAGUGUCUGGCAUGUUGGAACACGAGACCAUCCAGGGCGUGUCGGGGGUGAAGCCCACAGGUCUUCGCAAGCGCACGUCCAGCAUCGCUGAUGAAGGCACCUAUACCCUGGACUCCAUUCUGCGGCAACUCAACACCUUUCACUCCAUCAUGUGCCAGCACGGCACCGACCCCGAGCUCAUCAAGCAGGUGGUGAAGCAGCUGUUCUACAUCAUCGGCGCCAUCACCCUCAACAACCUGCUUCUGCGCAAAGACAUGUGCUCCUGGUGCAAAGGCAUGCAGAUCAAGUACAAUGUAAGCCAGCUGGAGGAGUGGCUUAGGGACAAAGGACUGAUGACUUGUGGAGCCAAAGAGACGCUGGAGCCUCUGAUUCAGGCCGCUCAGCUGCUUCAGAUGAAGAAAAAGACCGAUGAGGACGCAGAGGCCAUCUGCUCCAUGUGCCAGGCUCUCACCACCUCUCAGAUUGUAAAAGUCCUGAACUUGUACACACCGGUCAACGAGUUUGAAGAGAGAGUAUCAAUCGCUUUCAUACGAACCAUACAGACUCGUCUGCGAGAUCGUUGUGAGAGUCCACAGCUGUUGAUGGACACAAAGAUGAUCUAUCCCGUCACCUUCCCGUUCAGCCCCUCCUCCGUCGCCCUGGAAACCAUCCAGAUCCCCGGCUCCCUCAACCUGGGCUUCCUCACUCGCGUCUAAUUCGAGCCGACGGGACCACUUUGAGCUGGACCUACAAGUCACCUGAGCCCAACUGACCCGAGAAAUAAAACCACAAAACCACCCCAGAGCCAGACUUUGAGUUGAUUUGAACAAUCUGGUCCUAAACUGACACACAGUUAUGAAACACACAUCUGUGUCACCCUGAAGACAAACAGCACUUCCUCUCACCCCUAAAGACACAGAGAAACUGGCUUCUCCAGCCACCAUCCACCGCUUGUACAAACGCGUCUUAGAAAAG